GAGCCGGCUUUGCGCAGACAUUCUCGCUUUUCUCCAUUUGCCACGUGAUGAGGGCGUAGCUGUGGUAACGCGGCCCAGCGCGCAGUACGCGGGCACGUGACGAGGCCCUAGGGGCCCUUACGUCAGGCACGCUGCAAGCGCGCGGGCUGGGCGGGGUUCGGCGGCGCCCGGUGAGGACCAAAGUGCGUCUGCAGGCCGGGCAAAACCCAGUUGGGUUGGACAGCCAUGCCCAAGUACUGCCGGGCUCCGAACUGCUCCAACAAUGCGGGCCAACUGGGCGCGGACAACCGCCCGGUGAGCUUCUACAAGUUCCCCCUGAAGGAUGGCCCCCGGCUGCAGGCCUGGCUGAGGCACAUGGGGCGUGAGCACUGGGUGCCUAGCUGCUACCAGCACCUGUGCAGCGAGCACUUCGCCCCCUCUUGCUUCCAGUGGCGCUGGGGCGUGCGCUACCUGCGGCCGGAUGCUGUGCCCUCCAUCUUCUCCCGAGCGCUGCCCGCCAAGAGGCAGACGAAUUCCCGAAGUACCGAGAAAGCAGUCGUGCCUCCGCCUCCGCAGGAGGCCAAGUCCCUGUCCCCUGGCCCAGCCGUCCCGGCCCCUGGCCCCGUACAGCUUGCGGUGCUGGGGCCAGCAUCCGGGGGUCCCGAAGCCCCAGCCACCAUGUUCCUGACUCCCCUGCCGCAUCCGCCGGUUCCCACGGGGCCGCGCCCUGGAGUGUCGGCCCAGCACCCCCGGACCGGGCUGGGCGCGGCGCUGGGAGCGCUGCAGCGGCGGGUGCGGAGGCUCCAGCGGCGCCACGAGCGGCACCAGGCGCGGCUGCGGGCUCUGGAAGAGCUGGCGAAGCAGCUGCGCGCGGAGAGCCUGCUGGCGCCGGCGCACCGGGGCUGCCUGCGCGCGCUCCCUGGACCUGAGGAAUCCCAAGCCUUCACCAUCAUCUGUGGAGGGCCUGACAUAGCUGUGGUUCUUGCCCAAGGUCCUGCACCUCCUACCCUGGACGCCAAGCCUGAGCUCCUGGACACUCAGACUCCCAGUGCAUAAGGACCAGGACAGAUGAUAGAAGACAGAGGAAGAGAGACGCAUCAAACGUGGGCUUGGCCCAGCCCCAUGACCCAUGCCCGGGGCAUAGCAGUGGCUCCCUCAAGGGCCUGGCUCCCACCACCUCCUCCUAGGGACCCCUUGAACCUUAGGGCUGACCUGGGCCCAAGACCCCUGUCAGCAGUGAUUACCCUGGGAACCAGGUCCCGACCCCACCUUCAAUCUUUGCGGUCAGUAAAACAUCCUCAGAGCAGAGCAAGGGUUGUUUGGAGAGAGUUGUACCUGGUUCUGAAGAGCCCCUCAUACCCUUUGCCAAGCCUGGUGCCAAGCUGGGAUACAGCAGUGAACACAGCUGACAAAAGUCCUGUCCUCGUGGUGCUCACUUUCUGCUUGAGCAGAAGAUGAACUAGUAAACUAAUAAACAGUAUAAUUUCAGGUUG